AUGGUAUUCAACAGCGCGUGGGUAGCCACUGUGGCCACCCUCUCGGCGGAGCUUUGCCAGUACAUCGCCUGCAACCCCCAGCGUCUACCCGCCGGCGAGGUCCUCCGCCUCCUCUGCUACGCGCCGCUGCACCUCGCCGGCCGCCUCGCCGCCGGCGUGUUCUCCUUCUUCUGCUUCCCCAUCGCCGCCCCUCCCUCCCCCUUCCUCCACCGGUGGCCCUCAUCUUCUUCCCCCUCCUCCUCCUCCUCUUCCUCCUCCUACUCCGGCGACGAGGACUUUCACUCUGAUUGA